AUGAUCACCGGUGAUGACAGGACGGUGAAGCUGAUUGACUUCGGCCUGGCUACACGCUUCUAUGGAUACCUUCCCCAGGAUCAAUACAUUGAGAUCGUUGGUACGUCCCACUACAUGGCGCCGGAAAUGAUGAUCAGCGGCAAGUACAGCCCAGCCGUGGACAUGUGGUCCCUGGGUGUUCUCCUUUACGUGUGCUUGACUGGGUUGAUGCUUUUGCCAAAGGAUGAUGACAGAAAAAAGCACUUGCUCGGCAAGAAGGCAUAUGUGGAGAGGAAACUAGAGAAGUGCACCCAGUUGCAAAAGCGGGAUUGCUCUGAACAGGCGCGGAAUCUAUUAGGGAUGAUGUUGAAGUAUGAACCAGCAGAACGCAUUUCCGCCUCGGAAGCUUUGUCCCAUCCCUUCAUUUUGAAACACUGCCACGAAUAUCUGGGUGGCGCAGUCGAAGCAGAGACGCAGCUGGAUGAAACCAUCAUUGAAAAGUUGAGGCGUUUUGCCAAAGCACCAAGGCUGAAGAAGGUUGCUCAGCUUUUCAUGGCCCACCUGGCAGAGCACGAAGCCGAAUUGCUAGCGGCACGGCACCAUUUUCGCACGCUGGACCGGAACGGUGGUGGCGAAAUCUCCCGCGAGGAGCUCCAGGCUGGCCUUGCAGCUGCCGGCAUUGCUGCACCAAGCGAUUUGCAGGAGAUCUUUGAUGGCUGCUGUGCUCAUCGCGAGGGCAAGCUCCAUUUUGUGGAAUUCUUGGCGUGCAUGAUGCCCGAUAGCCUCAUAGAUGAGCGGUUGUGCCACGAGGCCUUUAACCUACUGGACCAGGAGGGAAAAGGCAGGUUGGCAGCGGAAGACCUACAAGCAGUUUGCCACUUCGACUGGGAGAGGUGCCGCCGCAUGGUGCAGCAAGCAAAGCCUGUGGAUGAUGGCACGGACUACUUUGAGUUUGAUGAUUUCUACAUGCUUCUCUGCAGCCAAAAGAUCGAUGGCUCCGAACAAAAUCUUGAACGACCCAGCAAAGUCCCGCGACUUGACGGAGGCCGCCGAUGCAACCGAAAUUGUUGA